AUGGAUUUCAAAGUUUUUGGUGAUGUGUUGGCAUUUGAUGCAACAUACGGGACGAACAAAUACCAUUGCCCCUUAGUGAUAUUUUCUGGAGUUAAUAACCAUAAUCAUAAUAUUAUAUUUGGUGGUGCUAUUGUUGCAAAUGAAAAAGAAGAAACAUAUGUGUGGGUUAUUGAACAAAUUUUAGAAGCAAUGUCAGGUAAGUCGCCUAUAUCUGUCAUUAUUGAUGGCGAUCUUGCAAUGAAGAAAGCAAUACAAAGGGUGUUUCCAAAUGCUUAUCAUAGGUUGUGUGCUUGGCAUCUAAUUCACAAUGAAAUGUCUAACAUUGGAGUUCCUGAAUUUAUUAGUCAGUUUAGGAAAUGCAUGUUGGGUGACUAA